CGUUUGAAAAUAAAAAUAAUAAUAAAAUUUCUUUAUUUUAUUUAUUCGUUUAUUAUUAAUUCGUUUAAUAAACUUUUUCUUACCAAUCGUUCUUGUUUUAUUCUUUAAAUUCUUCAAUGUUUGACCUAUUAUGAUUUAUUAUGAGAGAUGGGUAAUAUAGGAAAGGGCAUAUAGGAUAGAAUUAUAUGUGCAUUAGUAGUUAAUUGCUAGCAUAAGAAGUUAAUUGCUAUGUGCAUUUGUUAAAUGUUUAAGUGUUGCAUGUAAAUGUGCAUAGAAAUUGUUUGAUUCCACCAAACUUAUUGUUUUAUUGAAUUCUGAUUAUGCUUUGGUUGGGAAAUCGUUAGUAAGAUCUUAAGUUGUUUGUUUCAUGAAUAAAACGCUUCUUUCCAAGUACACCAACAUAGGAUCCUUUGAGAAGAUCGACGAAUACUGAGGAUCUAGAUUUCACUUCACAAAUUUCCAAGGAAAGAACAGAUAGACAAGAUGCCUUAAACAUUUGAAGUUGUAAUAGUUAGUUUGUUCUUAAAUGUUUUGGAGAAUAAGUAGCAAAGCUACAACAGUUCAAAGUUAAAGCAAUAAGAGUUUGAGUUAUUCUUUAUUAUUUUCAAGGAAGUAUUAAACCUUUAUAGAAUUAGCAAUAAAAGUUAAAGUAUUCGUUUCCAGUGUGAGAAUUCCAUAAUUCGCCAACCAUAGUUUAUGUUUAUAUCAUAGAACUUUUAUUUUAUUUUGAGGACAAGUGUGUUGUUAAUAUUUAGGGGUUGUUAUAAACAUUCUUUUGAGGAGUAAAAGUUAGAUUAUUGAUUAUCCAAAGGAUCAAAAGUUUAUUUUGGGACGCAAGGGGAAUGUUUCUUCUUUUAUGCUUCCUUGUUAUUCGUGAUGAUUGGACUGUGUUUCUUAUUUCUCAGUUGAAUGCCCUGUAUGUGAAUAUCAUUCAUAAAUGAUCGAGGGGAUUACCUUCGUAAAUAAUUGUUGCACAUUCGUAAAUGUUUGUUUAUUUUACGUGAAUUUUGGAUGUUGGUGUGAUAUUACUUUGCUAGAGGAUAAUAUAAGUAAAGUUUCGAACCUGAAUUAGAGUAUAUUAAUUUCAGGUCGCGUUCUGGGAUGACCAACAAUAAUGACCUAGCUGUUGUUUUUCGCCUCUUGGCGGAAAAACUAGCCCAGGAAAGAACUGAGCGCCCCGAUUCUGCAGGGGACAUGUUUGAAAGGCUUGCGAAAUUUAAGCCACCAUAUUUCGAGGGGCAAGCAGACCCGACCUUCAUAGAAAACUGGAUUAGGGAGUUUGAAAAACUAUUUUGGGUGGUAAACUGUCCUGAAAAUAUGAAAGUAGGUCAAGCUGUCCUUUACCUAAAAGAUGAGGCCGAUCUAUGGUGGAAAGAGAAUGGAACUAGGCUAAGUGUUGUUGAAGGAUUUAAUUGGGACUCAUUUGUUGUUGCGAUGAGGGAAAAGUUUUAUCCUCCUUUCAUAACAAAACGAAAAGCGCAGGAAUUCAUAAACCUUGGGAUGGGGAGUAUGACCAUGGCUGAAUAUUAUAGCAAAUUUAUAGCGCUGUCGGAGUUUGCACCUGAGGUUGUAGCCACAGAAGAAAUAAAGGCUCAGAGGUUUGAGCAAGGGUUGACCGAUGAGAUCCAGUUGGGAUUAGGUGGAGAAACCUUUACAUCUUUAGAUAAUGUGUAUGAGAGAACCGCUCAUAUUUACGGUUUACAGUCCAUAAGGGACGAGAAAAAUGUUGUUGGGGAGAAAAGAAAAGAGUUUAAUGUCCGGGAAAACCAAGGGAAUUUCAAGAGGAAUAUGAAUGAGAAUAGGAAUGAAAAUGGAAAUGGAAAUUUUCGAGGAGGAAACAGUCAGGGGCACAACAAUAAGAGUAAAUCCGAGAGAGUGUAUCACUGCAAGAAGUGCAACAAUAACCACCCUGGGAAGGACUGUAAAGGAAAAUUGGUGAAUUGCCACUAUUGUCAAAAAAGGGGGCAUAGAGAGUUUGAGUGCUUCACUAAGCACAGGAAGGAACAAAAUAGUAAUGGAGGUGGGAACCAAGUGAGGUUUAACCAGUCUGGAGGCCAAAAUUCAAAGCCUGGAGGGGCACAAAACAAUCAAGAGAACUAUAAUAAGCCUACAAAUGAUAACAACCAGAAUAAGACUCCGGGCAAACCGUUCAUGAUGACUAGAAAUGAAGCUGAACGUUCUGCAGACGUAGUUCAUGGUACUUUUUUUUUUUUUUUAUUAAUUUUGUGCUAGUUAAACAUUAUUUGAUUCGGUAGCAACUUAUUCUUUCAUUUUGUCAUUUGUUAUUAAAAGUCUGAAAUUAGUAGAUUUUGAAUGUUUCAUUUACCUGUUAUUAUGCCCACCGGUGUAACCAUAAGGUGUAUAAGGUUAUUUAAGAACUGGCCUUUGAAGACAAAAGAUUGCGUUUUCCCUUCUGAUUCGACAAAAGUUUAAUUUUAGGGACCUAGAUGUAAUUCUGGGGAUGGACUGGCUAAGUUUGUACAAGGCUAAGGUAGAUUGUGAAAUUCAGAAAGUAAGUUUAAGGAACCCUAUUGGAAGGUUGACCUCAUAUAGAUGUUUUGAGAAGACCAAGAAUAUUUAGUUAUUUCGGUAAUGCAAGUGAGGAAAUUGAUGAAUAUGGAGUGUGAACUAUUUUUCCGUAGUGUGUUAGAGGUGAGUAAAGAAGUUGGAGUGAAAACCGAGGAUGUUGCCAUUAUGAGUGGAUUCAUUGAUGUGUUUCCGAGUGAAAUUACAAGUAUGUUACCUGUUAGAGCCUUGAGUUCACUAUAGACUUAGUCCCUGGAACGACGCCUAUACCUAAAGCACCAUGUAGAAUGACACCUCCCGAAAUGAGCGAAUUAAGACACUAUUGCAAGAGUUGUUUCGUUAAGGGGUAUAUUAGGCUUAAUGCAUCACCACGGGUAGCUCUGGUGUUGUUUAUUAAGAAGAAAUAUGAGAGUGUGAUAUUGGGUAUCGAUUUUAGGGAGCUAAGCAAUGUAACCAUCAAGAACAAGUAUCCUUUGCCUAGGAUAGAUGACAUAUUGGAUCAAUUGAAUUGGGCGAGUGUGUUCUCGAAGACUGAUUUGCGUUUGAAGUACCACCAAUUGAGAAUAGCUGAUAAGGGCCUAAGACCUCAUUAGGAUUCGCCAUUGUCAUUAAAGGUUUAUAGUAACGUCUUUUGGGUUAACCAAUGCACCUUCAUUAAUUAUGGACUUGAUGAAUGAGAUUUUCUACGAAUUCCGAAUUAAGUUCGUUAUUGUGUUAUUGAUGAUACCCUGAUUUAUUCAAGGAAUGAGAAAGAGCAUGACAAACACUUGAGGAUUAUUUGGAGACGCUUAGAAAGAAUCUAGUUUUAUUAAAUGAAGUAUACAAAUCUUGAGGUCAUAUGUGUAUAAGUGACACCGACGGAAAAGUGAAGGACUAAAUUGAUUGAGAACUAUGUUACGUAAGGGAAUAAAUUUAAGAGGAGAAUUGAGUGGUCCAGGAUCGUUAGAAACCAUUUGGCGUCUUGAAAAGAUGAAAGGAAAUAUAUGAAUUGGUGAAAGAGCUAAGAGUUAAUCCUAAGAGUUAUAUAUCCAUGAAAGGCAUGAUGAGGUUCGGUGAAAAGGAAAAGUGAGCAGAAAGCGUUUCUGUAGAUCCUACUAAGAUUCAAGCUGUGAGUGAGUGACCUACUCCAAAGAACGUGUCUGAUAUCUGAAGUUAUCUAGGCUUAGAUGACCAUUAUAGGAGGUUGUGAAAGACUUUUCGAAGAGAGAAAAACCAUUGACCAACUUGUUGAAAGAGGAAUCAAAAUUCGAGUGGAGUAAGAAAUGUAAAAAGUUUUCUAGAUUUUAAAAGAGCGUUUGACCUCUGCACCUGUUGCCGCGUCAAUUGAAACUUUAUGAAACUAAUUACCCUACCCAUGACCUAAAGCUAGCUGCUAGUGCGUUCGCUUUGAAUGAUUUGGAGACAUUAUCUUUAUGGGGAAACAUUUGAGAUCCUUUCCGACCACAAAAGUCUGAAAUUUUGGCAAUAAAGUCUAGUUGAAUCUUGGGGACAACAUUGAAAACGAGUACUGCUUUCCACCCUGCAAUUGAUGGUCAGCCUGAGAGGACUAACCAAACUAUGGAAUAUAUGUUGAGAGCCUGUGGUAUUAACUUUAAUGGUAGUCGAGAACCACAUAGAUUUGAUUGAAUUUUCUUACAACAAUAGCUACCAUGCGAACAUUAAAAUGAAACCUUUUGAGGCAUAGUAUGGAAGUGUAGAAAUCCCACUUACUGGAAUGACUUCCGUGAAAAUGUUGUAUUGGGAAAAAGGAUUCGUUGAAUUAGGAAUAUCCAGAAUUAUUCCCUGAGAUGAGUUACGAGGGCGUAACUCGUUUUCUUUUAGGGGGUAGAAUGCGAUAUAAAUUCGCGCUUUUUACCUAAUUUUAUGGUGUUUUUAUGCAUUUUAAUGCUUAUUUUAGCAAAUUAUACAUGUUGAUGCAAAAUAAAUAGAUUCGCCGCAUAAGAAAAUCUGUUCAUGAGUAACACAAGCAACUUUAAGUUGGCUAAAGAGUGCACAUGAGAAACCAGUACUUCUCCAGUAAGAAUGAGUUCAGAACUUUUGAAAAAUGUGGAAUUUUCAUGUCAAGUUUCGGGACGAAACUUCUUUUAAGAGGGGUAGAUUGUAAUCCCCCGUAAAUUUAUAAAGUUUAUUAACAUAUGUUAACGUAUAGUUUUUAUAUUUAAAUGAAAUUGGUCGAUUUUAGUAAUAAAUAUAUAUUUAAUGUAUAUUUAUUUUAUUUAAAUGAAUUAUAAAUAUUUUAAUGAUUUAUUGAAAUCAAACACUUUAGAAUCAUAAUUCGAAAACGAAUUGAAACAUAGAAACACUUCGGUUUUGGAAAAGUAUUUCUAAUCGGGUUUGAAUUUAAAUACUCUCAAAUUGGAAAAGAAUCUUAAUCUUAGCCCAAUUAUUAUAGCCCACAAAGUAAAUAAACCCCCUAAACCCAAAUUUUACCCACAACUAAUUCUCUCUCCUCACUCAACUUCACACUCACGUGAAACCCUCAUUCUCUUUCACGUUAAUUCUCUUUUCUUCCCUCUUAGGCAACCACCACCGCCGCCGGUCAAGCAGCAGACGCCGCCGUUGUUCUCCUCCGACGCCCGACUUCCUCCUUCGUCCGCCACCAACAGCACCACCGCCACGUCGCCGCCCAGCCUGCAUCGCUGCGCCGCCGCGUUCCUUGCCCACACCAACCGACGUCCUCCCUUGUCCUCCCUCUUGCUCGACGGAACUCCUUUUCGUUCUUCAUAUCCCGCAAACACGAGUCAGUCGCAGCCACCACCGCUGCGCCACCAUCUUGCCUUGCCUGUCAGCCGCCGACUGUUCUGCUGCCGCCGUCUCAGACCACCGGCCAACCACCCUUUUGUCUCUCUUUUUGGUGGAGAAUUCUCCGUAGGCGACUUUUGAAUUAUUAAAGUGGUCUUGCAGUUUGUUUACACAAGUCUCUAAGGAUCAAUAAGCAUUGUCCAUCUACAGGUUUGAAGAUGAUGCAUCAUUGGGAUCGGGAUUAGAGAGCUUGUAGUUAUAUUUGUUUUAUUAAGUGAUUUGGGUUGUUAACUUAUAUUUGAAAGUUGUCGUACUAUUCGUAUUUCUUUAUUUCCGUUAAUUGGUUUUGGACUUAGUAUGUAAUCGAUUAUUUAUGAACCUAAAAGUUAGUUUUAUGUUUUCCGCUGCAAAAUUCUGAAUAAGCCGUACGUUUUCACACGGGCGAUAAUGCCUUGAUAAUUCUCUACGUUUUAUAUUAAAAGAUUAUUUUAGAAA